UAAAAUAGAUCACCUAUACAGGCCAGGCACCCCUGACCCACGGCGAUGGGGCGAGGCCCUCCUAGUCACAUCCAUAAACUAAUACCGGUUCCCUACAUCAUAGUAAUCGGCAGUGGCUGAAUCAGGAUGGAAUUCCAUGAUGAACCGCUUUAGCUAACACACUAACCAGCAGUAGGUCUACAGACCCAAGGGCAAGGUCUAUAUGUUUCAUUGGUUGAAAUAAAAGGAAACAUUCAACACGUCCAUCAUAUAUGGACGACAUAUAUAUCUUGGAUAAGCCUGACCCAUAUUCCGUCAUUGGCUUAUGUUUCCUACAAGCUAGGUGUUUCUACCAACCGCCUGUCGCCGGUCAAGGACACAGCCGCCUCUGUGGUUGUUAUUUAGUUCAACUCUUAGAUGUAUCAAGAAAGCUCCCACGUUUACCGUGGCCCAUUUCCUACAUAUUCUACUCUCUUUCAACUAUAGCGAGAAUGGCACCGGUUGCGCUCGUCUUCGUAAUAUUCACCCUUGUCACCUGUCUUCAACUACUACGUACUCGUUACCAAAAACACUUGACUUCUAUACCAGGGCCUUUGAUAGCGAGCUUUAGUAAUCUCUGGAAACUUGCAGCUAUUUACGAUGAGGAUAUGCCAGGUUGGAAUAAAAAUGCUCAUAAAAAAUAUGGCCCCGUCGUCCGCAUCGGCCCAAGCCACGUGUCGUUCGCCAGCCCAAGGGCUUUCCAUAUAAUCCAUGCCUCGAGACAGGCAUUUGCGAAAUCGGACUUCUACGAAGUAGGGGCGCCUGCCUACGGCGGUGAACCUUUGGAGAACCUCUUCUCCCUAAGAGACGCCCAACGCCACGCCACAUUAAAGAGGAAUAUCGGUGGUCUUUAUACAAAGACUGCUGUCAGGGAUUUCGAACCACAUAUCGACAGCUGUAUUGAUUUAUUCAUGAAGCAGCUUGCGGAACGAACCAGGGAUGGGCCUACCGAGCUUAACAUGUCUGUAUGGUUACACCUAUUUGCCUACGAAUGCCUAAGCGAAAUCAACGUCUCGAAAAAGCUAGGUUUUCUAGAGCAAGGGAAGGACGUAAACGGCACUAUCGAGUCUUCAGACAAGAUAUUCUACAUGGUUGGCCUAUUCACCCAAGCACCCAUUCUUCAAUCGGUCUUGAACUUCCUGAGAUCACUAGCGCCAGCAGAAGAAGCAGAACCCAUCCUAAAAUUCACACUCAGUGAAGUGGAUGAAAGAAGAAAGUCAACUCAGAUACACACAGAUAUGUUAGGCAAAUUGCUUGACCUUCAUUUAAGCAACCCAGAAAAGCUCUCAAUUAGAGAGCUCACGGCAGCUAUAUUUAUAAACCUCACAGCCGGGCAUGAUGUCCUAGCGAUUACAAUUCGCGCAAUCUGGUAUUAUCUUGCUUCCAAUCAACAUGUGUUAAGCAAGCUACGGGAUGAGAUCGAGUCUAUAGAUGGUGAACACCUAACCUCGCCAAUGAUACCAUUCACGGUUAUAUCUAAACUCCCAUACCUAAAUGCGGUGAUUCAAGAAACUUUGAGGGUUCACCCCAACACUGGCACCAUAAUAGAGCGCAAGGCUCCCCAGGAGGGAGCCACAAUUGAUGGCUAUUAUAUACCUGGCGGCACCACAGUUGGUGUAAACGCGUGGGUACUCCAUCACGAUCAGACGAUAUUCGGCAAAGACGCUGAUGAAUUUCGUCCCGAACGGUGGCUAGAAGCGAGUGAGGAGAAGAGAUUAGAGAUGAACCAAUGUUUAUUUUCGUUUGGAGCAGGCACACAUACUUGCAUCGGGAAGAAUAUUGCGAUUAUGAUGAUCAGCAAGUUAGUGGUUGAAUUCUACCGGCUAUAUGAUGCUGGUUUAGCAAACCCGCAAAGGGGAUGGAAUGUUCAUGGUAGUUGGGUAACUAAACAAACAGAAAUGGAUAUGAUCAUUUCAAGAAUAUGGUAAAUAAAAUAUAUAAUUAAAUAAAGUUAAAUAUAAGUGAUGAGGUAAGAGUUAUGGUGAAUUGUUGGAGAUUAUGAAGGAUGUUAUUUUUUUUUUAACGGACAGUCUCCUUACGUGUCAGAAAAGAGAUCCUUAAGGUUGAUGAAUCGUAGAGUGACUGUUUCGGGAUACUUAAAUAGAGCGACAAGACUGUACCUUAUCUCAGUAAACUCAGACUAGUCCUCCUUACGCUUAGUGGGCUGUGCCCACUCUAGCCACACUAUGUUUGCCCAUGCUAAUAUGCCUGAGAUUUACCUGAGUUUAUAAGG